GGUUCUCUACAGUCAAAUCUAUCCAUUCAUAGCUAGAGUUAUUCAGGCAACUCUGCAAUAACUAUCCAAAAAUGCCUGAUGUACUUGGCGCAGGACUCCGGUGGCUUAGAGGGGAGAAAGGGAAAUCCUCGAAGGGGCCUAGAGAAUAUUGCGUAGGGCCAGAUGUGAUCGAGAGCAGGAGGUUACAUCAAAUGGCUCGGAAUAUGGGAUUGGAGAGCGACAGUGAAGAGGAUCGUCUCAACGACCGUACUGUCAGGUUGGAAAGACAGCGUGAGAGUUUCAAACACCAUCACCCUCCCGAUAAAUCUAGUCCAGAUGGUCCGUCUAGAAGUGGUACAAUGAUUGAUUAUGGUAAGACGGGUGGAUAUCAAAGGUCAAUAUGGCUCAAGGAAGGAGACCAUUCAUCAGACUCAGAUCGACUACCUAAGCAUGAGUCCCCUCUGGUGACUAUGAAAAAUGCAAGGAAUAGUUCUGAUUAUCCAAAUACCAAUCUGGGGCCGAGUAGAAAACCAUGGGGUCAACAAAGUGAUUAUUCACAGUCAGCUCCAGACGACUAUUCAAUACCCUACAAGAGUUCUAGAAAUUCGUAUGUGGGAAGUCCAAGAGAAGCUGCUGAAUUAUCGACAUUGGCCAGUUCCUCUGAACAUGUACCUCGCGUAGAUGAAAGUGCAUUCGAGAGGGAAAAUCGACGAGGGUCUUUACAUUCCAAUCAACGACCACCGUCGCCUCGUUUAAGAUUUGACCCUGUUCGAGACGCUGCUGCACGAAACGAUGUAAUCUCUCGUCAUCAUUCAAACUAUGAAUCACCUGUCUCCUCCCAAAUCAUUCCUGCAAGAAAGCCUGUACCACAGUCCUAUUCUCAGCAUCCAUCAACAACAAGAAAGGAAGUCAGAGACUUGAAUUCUGAAAAUCUAGCAGAGCUAGCAAUAAUCAAUCGUCGUAAUGAGGAAGAGAUUCUUCGGCAACGAAGAGAAAGAAAAAUCAUGAACAACCCACUAGAGAUUAGAAAACCACAUGAAGAUUACUCCAAAGAUACACCCAGGGAACGGCGCCAAUUCGAACAAGAUAAGAUUCGAGAACGGAGAGAUGAACUCUCCAAGAAUUAUCGAUCACGUCAAGGAGAAGGCAAACUUCUACCUCCUCCAUUACCUCCGAAGAUACCCCUAAGUAUCAAUCAACGCCCAAACCCACCAUCCAGAUCCGCCACAUUGCCCCCUGAGUUUUCGAUUCCUCUUCGACCUGCAUUGCUAAUUGAGGACGAACCCCACAAUUCCUGGGCCAGCCAUAUAAAUUCCCCUCCAGAUUCUCGUACGAGUACAGUCAUGCAUCCACCACGACGCAAUACCGUUUCCUCCAGCGCAUGGGAAAACAACCCCAGAGCACCACCCUACCCCGUCACUCCCCAAAAUUACCAUCUCAACGGUUAUAACAAUCAAAACGAUGUUCAAAAACGUGCAGUCCAUGAAGCUUUCAGAGAUGUGAUGUUACAUGGACAUGAAAGAAUCGCAGGUCCUUCGCCUCCCACUUUCCGGAGUUCGUAUCCCGAUGCAAUGGAGUUGUCGGGUAUUAGUCCAGAGAUACGUAGGGAUGGUAUGAGAAGACAUACAGCUAGUGGAAGUGAAAUACUUGGUGGCAAGUCACAAACACCUGCAUUUGCGGUAAGAAUAGACAUGGGUAUAUUCCAUCCUACCACGAUUCAGGAAAUGGAAGAGGAGCAUGCAGGUAGUGGUACAUCAGGCGUUGGGCGAAUAGAGUUGCAUGGUGAAAGUAGACAAACUGAGGAAAUUGGGGAUCGAAGAAGAGAGAGACUAGUCCCGGAAAUUCAUGUUCAGCGUCCUACUCCAGGUGCAAGUCUGCGGGAGCCACAUGGUGUGAAUAUUGGGAGGACUAGAAGGAGUGCGGAGAUUGAACGAUUGGCAGCGCCGAGAUCGGAACAUAGAGAGCGUAGGAAGCAUGAAAAGCAUGAGAAGUAUGAGAAGCAUGAGAGAAUCAUAGAUAAGGGACGUUAUCUCAAAGGAUUAGAUGGAGAAUGGGAGAGAAAGAAGUGGUAAAGAAGAGGAUUAUGACUGUUGAUGUGGAAAACUAGGUGAUUUGGAGUUAUGCGUACUUGAUUCACAGGCUGACCGUUCGUUGAACAUUGAACACGGGAAUAGGAUUCGGCGUAGAUAGUAUCUCGAUAACAAUAUUGCCUUCGGGUGUCGAAAUAUAGGCAGCUUAGGUAGAUACAUGAUUCAAACAAUAUAACAUUAGGGAAAAUAUGGGUAUAUGCA